AGCCAGCAGCCCUUUCAGGAUCGGAUCUCUGUUCUUGUUGUUGGUUGAUUGAGGUGGGCCAGUCAAUUGACACUAUUCAACCUCAUCCUCCGAUAUUUUCUGUCUCGAUUGAGUCCAUUAUUUUUCCACCAUUCCUUGAGAAAAUAUCCUUUCAUCAUGGCCCUUUUUCGCACUUGCAGAACUGCCACCGUGCAGCUCCGCGGCUUCUCUUCAUCUUCCUCUCUGCGAGUCGGACCCGAGUCUCCCAACUUCAUCGAUGUUCCUCGAAGCCUUCAGCCCGAUCUCCCCUCCAAGCGCAUCAUCAAGGGUACCCUUCCAGUGCCCCGUGAAAUCUUCCCUGCUCGCCGCACGGACAAGCCGACCCAGGCGUACAUCUCCGCCGCCACGCCGCGUCCGAAGAAAGGCAAAAGCCCGAACCCAAACGAUAUAAACUACGAAUACAUCGAGCAGAAGAAGCGGAUGGCUAAUAUGCGGCGAAAGAAUCUCCGGGAGGGUCUCCUGGAGUUGCACGCCCGCAAGCAGGCCACUGAUACCGCCAUGAAGUUGCGAAGUGAGCAGAAGCAGCUUUACCGGGAAAAGAUCCUGCAGCAACCUGAUAGAGAGGACGUGCGACUGACCCGGACGUCGAUCGUUCAAGAAAUGCUACCCCAGCACAUGCCAGUGCUGCCGGAUCCUGACCGUGAAACUCGUCUUAGGAAGGCUCGGUCUCGCACUCAACGGAAACUAGCCAACAAGGUGGCGGAGCGUCGACACGACAUGCACGACCUCUAUGUGAACGCGCGGAAUUUUAUCGUUAAUGAGGAGCAGCUUGCGGCCGAGAUUGAAAAAGUCUUCCCUGAGGGCGUGAACGAGGCCUGGCGCAGUGACCACCAGGAGGGUGUGAACAUCUGGAACCUGGGUUUCCCGCAGGGUAUCUCCAGCCUUGCCAGCGAUUCGCGGAAGACCGAGAGUGCUCGUUGGGACACCAUCCAGAGCAGAAUCAGGAGGCUUGCAGAGGAGAUCACCGGAGGCAAGAUGUGAAGGACUGUGCUCAUUGGGGAGAGAUGUACAUUAUGUGUGAUUUGAUACAGUUUGAUGUUUACUUGUCUUGUUAUUAAACAAUAUCACUUGGGUUCGUGUUAGCUUUACCUUUUCUAUACC